UAUUUAUUGUACAAGAAUCGCACCAUGAACCAUGGUUGAACCGCUGAGUGACGGGAAAUCGGACCUUGGUGCUCUUGGAAAGCUGAAGGAAUAUACACAGGCACGUGAUGCCAUCUCCUAUCAACGAUGUAAACAGAAGUUGGGUGUCUUCAGUUGUUCUAAAAAAAAAAGACAUUAGUUUAUUAUCUUAAAGCAUACUGAUAUAAUACGACGAAAAACAUGCAGUAUUACUACUGUUCCUGAAUAUGUUCAAUGCACCAUAGUCCAAACAUUCCUGUUAUUGGCAAGUGACCAAAUAAACCGGUCUAAAUGAAUUUGUUGUAAUUUCCACCACUAUUUAUCAAGCUCUAGUACUGGUAGUACUGGUAGAACCUUUGUUUUACAGCACAUUACGUUGCGUUCUUCAGGUAAAAUUGGGAUACAAAAGUUGAUUUGUGGAUAAUGUGAAAUAUAUUAUAUAUCUUAAAAAAUAACGACUAAAAUAAUUUAUCAAAUUUGUUUAGGCUUUCGUUUUAUUGAGUAACCAUGUCUUCGAAAAAAAAGAAAGGGGGAAAAUCCAUGCCAGCUUUCAAAUUUAAGAAGAGUAUUCUUGAGGAGGCGCAAAAAGAUGUUGAUGAGUUGAAGAUAACAUAUACGCAACAGGAAGAAGAUAUCAUUGAAGAUUCUGACUUUGAUGUUCAGCGUGAAUACGUCGACUCUAGUCAGAAGAUACACAAGCCUGUAUUUAGAAAGUUGAAAACGCAGACGCACAAUAGACGGCUGAACAUUAUUAUGAAACCUAUUGUCGCUCUAGAUAAAACUCAUCUGUUCAUUCCUCUCGGCUACAAGGAGUAUUAUCCUCUCCACAAGAUACAGGAUGUGGUCAGUCAGCUGAAGAAGGACACAGACACCCACCUUCUCUUCUCCGGUGUCCAGCAGAUGACCGACGCAGUGUUCGCAGUCUUGUUAAAACUCAAAGAUGACCGCUACAACUCUGUGACGAAUAUAAACCUAGCAGGCUGUCACCAUAUCACAGACAGGGGGGUGUUGUGGCUCACCCUCUGUUUUGAAAACCUCAACACUCUGAACCUGACGGGAUGUGUGAAGGUGACAGAAAGCAGUCUGAAUGCCGUGGCGACCAACUGUAAGAGCAUGACGAACCUCACGCUUGCUGGAACUAGUGUCUCAUUCUUACCAGCAUGGCUCGGCGGUUACACAAACGUUGAUGCAAGUUAUCUCCCCUUGGCUUCUCCACCACUUGAACGCUAUGAAGCAGAAAAACAGGCUAUACUGAAAGAUGGAAAUUUUUUUAAGAAAACGGACAGUAGUUUGUACAAAGUGGUGAUCCUCCGUCGCAAGGCAAUUCGAAGCAGUCUGUUGAAGUUGGUCAAAAAGGAAAACGAUGUGUCUGUUAAGGAACAGGUGACCUCUGACCUCAACUAUAAGUACAACCAAAAUGGCAUGGCUUUCAUAGAAUGUCCAGAAAGUGUGGUUCACCUGUUUUCCUCCAAAAGAACGUGUUUCAUUUUGCCGUAUGAGCUCCAAGACAAGACCAAGUUGAAACAAGAGGCGGCCAACAUUGCUGGUUUCAUUUGUGAACUUACAGCACAGGCUUGGCCGUCACAGAGCACGUACACCCUGGUUGGUAUGAACAGCAGCGCGGUGGGUGUUGUCCCGCCCGAUGUACUGAAGGAUGAGGUUGUCAACAUCCUCAAACAGAUAACGAAUGACCUCAACACGAAACUGAACGACUUGACCGAUCCCAAGUAAGAUUUUUUUUUUUUUUUUUUUUAAUAACGGUCACAUCUGUGUGUGUAACUGUUUCUCUUUCUAAUUCUUUCCUUCUAAGGGGCAGGAUGUAGCUCAGUGGUAAAGCGCUCGCUUGAUGUGCAGUCGGUUUAGGAUCGAUCCCCGUCGGUGGCCCCAUUGGGCUAUUUCUCGUU